CGACCCUUUUCCAAUUGAAUUGACGAGUACAAACAGGUCAAUGAAUAUGGCCGUCAGGAUACUUGAAGCCUCACAAUAAUUGUUGGAUUCAAAGCUUGUACGACCUUGAUUCAACCAAGAACACACUGGUUUUGAUACUGAUGAUGCUUGUGAGAAAGAAAACAGAGAAAGUUGAGAGAUGUAUUUUGAAUGAAAACAAGUCUCCAGUUUAAAGAGGAAAUCACACCCUUUGGAGAUGACUCUUCAUCUCUACAUGCAUUUUUUCAGAGUGAACAGGCGUGUCUGUUCCUUCAAUGCGUCCAUUGUUAGAAAAUAUCCAACAGAAAUUACUGAUUUUCGCCAGGUACCAGAACAACAAGGAUGAAGCAAUGGGGUAUCCAAGCGCGAAAAAGAAACAACAAGGGAGGAUACAGAAAAGAGAAGAAGAAGAAAAAGAAGAUGAUGAUCAAAGUUUCUCCGUUGGGUGAUUAUGAACUAAUAAUUUCUGAGAUAUUGAGUAGACUCCCUGCUAAAUCACUUAUGAGGUUCAAGUGUGUAUGCAAAAUCUGGCAAUCUUUGAUUCAAAAAGAUCCACACUUCAUUAGUUUACACUUUACUCGGUCACAAACGCGCAGUUGUAAUGGUACUGUUGGUGCUACCUCCCUUCUCGUCAGGGUGCCAUCUCUAUGGUAUUGGGAUAAAGGUAAUGAACGAUGUUUCUUAUCCGCGGAAUUGUUAUUACCAUCUGAUGAUGUGAGAGAAGGAGCAGCUGUUCAGGGGGAAAUUCCUUUUACAUGGCCUAAUGAUGUAUAUAUGCUCAAUAUAGUCAAUGGUUUGAUUUGUUUCAUAAACAGGGACAACUAUUCUGUUUGUGUAUAUAACCCCAGCACAAGAGAAUCAACACUUUGGGAAGGUGAUCUUGGAAAUUGCAAGGAGAAAGGAUAUAGUAAUUUCGACUGGGAUACAUUUGGAUAUGAUAUUGCUACCGAGGACUACAAAGUUGUAUCUUUAUGGAGUUGGUGUGGAGGACCUAAAGAGAAAGAUUAUGUUUGUGAGAUCUUUAGUAUGAGACACAAGUCAUGGAGACGCAUCGAUGCAGUACCACCAGUUGCUCCCAUACUUCUACAUGACUUCACCAAUUCUGUAUAUGCAAAUGGUUCCAUAUACUGGUUGCCUGCUGAUGGUGAACCGUUAAUUGUCGAGUUAAGUUUUGUUACCGAAAAGUUUCGAGUAAUCUCAGUUCCUAAUUCUGUCAUCAUUGGUUCCUUUGAUUGGUACAAGACUGAUCUAAUGGAAAUGGGUGGCCGAUUAUCUAAUGUAAAUCCUACCAAGGCAAGGAAUAAACAUGGAGAUGAUGUCAUACCCACUUCCUUGAAGAUGUGUAUACUGUAUGAGGAUCAAGACAAGACAAAGAAUAGUACUGCUACUAGUACUAUUGAUUAUCCCUGGAUCGUGGAGUCUUUCGCACUGCCACCUAUAUUAGAUUGGAGACCAGAAACGCUGGAUGUUAUACCUAUUCCUGGAACAGAUUGGUUUAUCAUAAAAUUUAAAUGACGAUUUCUCCUUCUACUAUUACAACUGGAAGAAUAAGAGUUACAGUAGGAAGUUUGUGUUAGACGGAACUGGGUCUUUCUGUAAUGAUGAGAACGAAGGACAUGGUUCCAUCAGAUUCUAUCCUUUCACGGAAAAUCUCUUGCCACUAAAUUAAAGGAAAAAUGAGAUUCUAAACCAGAUUGAUUAUUCACCAAGUGAGCUUCAGGAUUGAUUCUGGCUCAGAUAU